AUGCUGUUGUUUCGCAGUCUCUUCAUUUUAUCAUCGUUUCUGGAUGCUUCAUCGUUAUCCGGUUUUUUAGUGUUUCCGCAAGAGAUUUUCAUCAACUCAUCUAAUGUAAUUAAUGAAUUAUUGCCGGAUGCCUCGGAGGGGCGGGAAAACGUUUUCGCAUCAAAGCGAUGUUGCUUCCCCCACUACAGUAAUUCGGGUCUGGUAAUAGCCUCUGCUAUGGAGUCAUGGCAGCGUCAAAAGCCGUCUCAAGGAAAUAAAGCCAUUUUAAAACUGUCGACACUCGGUUUUUAUCAAGAAGACCUUCUGACAAAUGCUGAAAUGAUCUUCGUAAUGCCAUUUUUCCUAAUUAUUGUGUGCAUAUUGUGUGCUGUCGGCUUUUUCAAUAUCUGUCGAGACGAUCUUGUCGACGAACUUCAUGCAAACGGUGUUGACGUUAUUCGUUCCGAGGAUGGAGGUAUCAGGACAAUGCCGCGGGAGUAUGAAUACUGA